AUGCCCGAGUCCAACGUCAGUUUGGUUGGUAACAACUACUUUCUUUGCGGUCCCUAUGGACGCAACCUAAGUGGUGCUUCGGACAGGGAGUUCGCCAAAGCGUUCCAACACCCUCCAGGAGUCCAUCAUGCUUUUGUGGCAAUUGGUGAAGACGACUGCUACUUCACCAAAUACUACAACGAGAGAACCGAACGAUUCACAUGGUCCUGGUCUCUUUCCAGCUACGGUGGCCUCGACAGAGCACUCGACUCUCUCGAUGGCGACACCCCCGAGUUUGUGUCCCUCGGGAGUGAUGGUUACUACUUUAUGCGCACCAGAAGCGGCUGCAUCUUCUGGAAUCUCCCAGAUGCAGCCGAUGAGUUUGUCGAAAAUGCAGACCCAGACAACAAUGGCGUCAAGUAUGUCUGGCUUGGAACCGAAGGCUCAUACGUGGCCCAGAAGGAAUCUGGACAUAGCCAAUGGAACCUCCGUGGUAACUACGGGAGUCUGGAACAGUCCAUCAGGACCAUGCCUAGGAUCCGGACCCUGGGUUUGAACCUUGAGAAUGAUCGGUCGUACUUUGUGGUGUUUGAUGAUGGCUCGGUUAUGUGCAAUCCUGUCGAAUGCACAACCCUUUUGUACAGCUUUCUGCCUUUACACGUUGUCAUGGAAGCCCCUCGUACUACCCGUGGCCGCUUGGGGGUCCCGUCAGCUAAGGAUUGGGAUCAUUAUCGUGAGGUGAUAACUGAGUUAUAUAUCAAACGGAACAUGUCGUUAUCAAGACUCAUGUCACAUAUGCGUCUGGAGUAUGGCUUCCGAGCUACGCGAAAGAUGUAUAAGCUACGAUUCACUGAGUGGAACCUCAAGAAAAACAUGACAAGGGGUCGCAGUGCAGCAUGUAUACUCGACCCUGAGGUCAACCUAACGAAUCUCGGCAAGCUCAAAGAAUACUAUCGUAGAGAACCGGAGAACAAGCGUCGAGAACUUCUAGAAACUCUUCUGCAACCACUGAUGGGCGAGACACCAAUCAACAGUACUGCCCCACCAGUGUCACUUACACCACCAGCCGAUCUCCUUACCCAAGAAUAUGGCUUCCAUCUCCUCAACACCUACGUUAGAGGGUCAUCAGAGGUUAAUGGGUGUCCUAGGGACGCUAAGAGCGGCUUCAAGAACGAGGACAACGUUCCAGCUUGGUGUAGUUCCGUCAUGUCAGCAUCCCUCGCUUUAAGGGAAGAAAAGGAGGGCGAAGCAACUAGAUUCCUACAGCACUUCAUCAAGCAGUCCCACCAACAGCUCCUGCGCCAAGACCCAUUGAUAUUCACCUUCGUAUACACCUCAGUACUCUUCUUCGCCACUAGUCGACCAGGUGUGGCUCGAUGGCUUUUAAAUUCUCUAAACGAUGUCUCAGAGAGUCUUCCCUGGGCUGGAUCUUCACACCCACUUCGACUGUUACUCCAAGUCAUGCUGCAGCUUGGGCCAACGGGUAUCGUGACUCAUGCCAAGUCGACCAUUCUUGCAUACAUCAACAUGAUCUACGAAGCUCUUGGCAAGGUCUAUCCAAUCAUACAAGACAUGAUGUCUGACACUAUCUGGCGACUUCUACGCUACAAGCUCAUGAGUCCCGAGGAGGUCGCUACUUUGGGUCGUGGACUUGUGUUGGCUGCUGAGUUACAGAACCAACAUCGAUGUAAGGAUCAUAUCAACCUUGAGAUGCAACUGGCAGAUGCAUAUCUUGAAUCGGGCAAGUAUAUUGAAGCACGUAGAACGGCAGAAGAGAUCAAAGAUGUCGAGUACAAGAGCGAGAGGAUGAUGCCAUCGUUGUAUAUGCUGUUAUUAAGGAUUGAUGAAGCGGAAAGGGGGGCAGAGGGUGCUAUUGAGUCAGCACUGAGAUCUGUGGUGAUGAGUAUGGAAGUCUUUGGAAAAUGGUCUGACUGGACUGUGAACUCGUUGGAUUUUUACUACAAAGUUCUCAAGCGUGCUGGGAGGGUUGAUGAGGCAAUGAAAGUGGUUCAAGACCGUGACUUGGCAAUUGAGAAGCUGUGUGACAAGUUGGAGGAUUCUCGCAUCACAGUCUCGGACUGAAAGACUUGAGAGUUU